AUGGUGAAACCUGCGGAAGAUGAAAGAUUAACGAUUCUUCAGAGCCUUUUCUGUGGAGGAAUCGCGGGCGUGCUUUCAAGGACUAUAACAUCUCCUCUCGAAGUUGUCAAAGUUUUGGCGCAAGUUGGAACACCGGAAACGCGCUUAGGUUUUGUCAGAUCAUUUGGUAGAAUUUACCAGAGCGAAGGUCUGAAGGCUUUCUGGAAGGGUAACGGUAUCUCAUGCCUGCGUCUCGUACCUUACAGUGCUGUUCAAUUGGCGGCCUUUCAUAAAAUGCUGGUAAGCUUAAUGUUGAUUGUUCAUGUUUCCUAAAACUGGAUAGUCCAACAGCGAAAUUUUUGGGAUAUGAUGGACGUGUUUAUUUUGCAGGCCCUGCUGGAAGAUCCGCUUACCCCAGGAAAUCUCAAUGGUACCUACUCGAUGGCGGCAGGAUCAGGAAGUGCCUUUAUUGCAGCAUUUUUAGUGUAUCCAGCAGACAUGCUUAAAACCAGACUUAUUGUUCAGAAUAUCAAUCCUUCAAAAUCACAUUAUCGUGGCAUAGUUCAUGGCUUCAGGAAAAUUUGGAAAGCAGAAGGAUUCCUAGCAUUGUACAAAGGCUUGUUGCCAACAUUCCUGGGUGAGUGUUUUUGCUCCUCGAGGAACUCACUGGGCAAAGUCAACAACAAUUCUUGUUUUUGAAUGUAUUGUCGACGAAACAUGGCAUUUUUUUAGGCCUUCCCCAUAGCAUGUUUUGUUUCCUAUUGCCCAACCGAUUUUUUUGGGAUCAUGUGUCUUAUAAAGGGUGUUGACCGAUACAUCAGCCGACAUCUGGGUUGACUGUCAGUCGACAUAUCGGUCGCUAUUUUGGUCAAGCGUCGGUUGAGUCUUGAAUAAGUCUUGGUCAAGUCUCGGCCGGGUCUUGAACAAGUCUCGACAGAGAGUCAGCCAUGACAUGUUGGUCUGUAUGUUGACUAACUCUUGCCAGACUCAGCACUCGACCAUACUCAACCAGUAUAGCGACCAAUAUGUUGACCGACAGACAACUAAGGUGUCAGCCAAUACAUGAAAAUAGCCCAGAAUUUUGUAACUGAUCAAUCUGGUAUCUGACGCAGCUGAUAUGUGUAAUGAGCAAUAGUGUCCACCAUGUGUCAGUUGACAGGUACCUUGUAACAAAGGGAAAAGCCUUAGAGAUGAGGUUGGAAAAACAAGUUGUAGAGGUUAUGUCGAUUGACAACAAAUACACCACUGAUACCUUACCAAUUCUUGACUGCCGGUUCCCUGAUACGUUGCCGACACACUACCAAUGCUAUCACAACCGACUGUCAGUUGAUCUGUAGACCAAUACUCGACCAACAGUAAAAUGCCACUCGGCUGAUAUGUCAACCAAGCUCCAGUUGUUGAAAAGAUAGAUAGUGCUAUCCACUGGAUAAAUCGCUAUCCAGCAGAAAACGCACUUACUACUUAUCCGCUGGAUAGCAAUUUAUCUGGUGGAUAGUGCUAUCCAAAUUUUGAACAACGGGGCCAACUAUCCACUGACAGUCAUCCCACAUUCAACCAACACUCGACUGAUAUAGCGACUGAUAUGUCAACCGGCAUUCGACUGAAAUAUUGGCUGAUACGUCAGUCAACAGCCCCUACAAGACACGUGGUCUCUCCCAUUUGCUUAGAAAAUUAAACAACAAACCAGAUACAUACUAGUCUAAUAAGCAUAAUUAUUUCACUUUCUAACCAUAGUGAAGCAAGAGCACAAAACAGUCUGAAAGUACCUACAAAGCAUUGUAAAAUCCUGCCUCCCUACUUUGCAUCCUGGCUUUUCCUGGACUCAGGCCCCUUUGGUUACUUUUCUUUUCUUUUUUUCCAAUGACUGACUGACCCACCUUCGUGAAAGAGAAGGCGACAGGAAAUGAGACAUUUUGUUUUUGUGAGGAUGGCCGUACAAUAGAGUUUCAAUAUCAUGGGCUGCAGAGGCGGAUCCUCUGACUUUUAUUGGAGGGGCCAAAAAGAAAAACUUUUGCUAAAUGUUGGAACUGUUUUACAGCCAACCACUUUCAGCUUUUUUCACCACUACACAUUAUUUUCUAGUAAGCCAAUCUUGGUAGACUUCAACUUCCAAAGCAAAUAGGUUUCAAUUUAUUAAAAAUUUAUUUGGUCCGAUGAGUGUAUUUUGGGGGCUUUUGAACCCCAGCAAUUUCUCCCUGGACUCUUCACUGGGUUGAAAUAAUACUGUAGACUAACUUUUCUUUUUGAUUUAAUAUACAUUUCUUUAAACAGUGCUAAGAGAGCUAACAUCUUGAUUUCAGGUGUGAUACCAUUUGCUGGAGGUUCGUAUUUGGCAUACAGUCUUUUAGACAGUUCCAUCGCGAAGCCCCCAGGAGACCAGCUGACUCCUGUUUACAUGUUUGUUAGUGGAUGCCUGGCUGCUGCUUUUGCGAAGGUUACUUAUUUCCUUGUUACUUGCAUACACAAAUCUUGUAGGCACUGAGGAAGUUUUUGCCUGUCAACAAAUUUUCAUACAUCAGCAGCUUUUAUACUCUGCCACUGAAUGACCAGAACACAUACAAAGUGGAUAAGCCAGGUCAAUUAAGUAUCAGGGAGCAUAAGCAAUGACGAAGGUGAAGGCAACGAGAACAGCAAAAAAGCAAUAGGUUUAGAUUGGCAAAAACAACAACUUUGCACAAGCAUCAUGCCUUUUUACACAUUUCUUUGCUAUCAUUGCCCAACUAUGACUUGAAAAUGCCUAUUUUCACAAUUUGUGGAAGACAUGAACAGAAGACAAUGACCCUCCUUUUCUUUUCCUGAACUUUGAUAUAGUCCUUUAGUCUGAAAAAUUCACCAACAUUCAACGAAAUGAACAAGAUGGAAUUGUUGUUGUUGUCAUAGUGUAUGGGUAAAGUCAUUGCAGAGUAAGAAGAAAGGGAGAGACCCUGAGCUUUUUCUAGGCAAUCAGAAUAGUGGCCUGUUCUUGGCUCUCAGAUAGUGGGUAGAGUAGGCACAUGAGCAUGUGCUCUGGGGAAAGGGGGUGGUUUUAUUUUCGUGUUAGUGCUUUUUCAAUUUUGCCCACCCUACCAUCUUGGAGCCUGGAACAGGCUAAUCAGAAUAGGGAAUCUUGAUGCUUCAGGAACUGGUUUGGUGAAGAGUAGGCACUGAGGGAAUCUGCCAUUCUUCCAAUAAACUAAACUUGCAAUCCAGGCGAGAUCAUGCCCUUCUGGGUCUCCAAGAAAGCUGAAAUACCCCAUCUUUCACCCUGCCUUUAUGUCUCAAAGGUAAAAUAUUAAUAUGGUUGUCACUUAAGUUUGAAUUUGAUGGUAUUUUUUCUUUCGCAGACCUUGUCAUUUCCUUUUGAUACAAUAAGAAAGAAAAUGCAGGUUAGUUUCAAGCAUGCUCUUGGAUUCAAUGUGUGGGCAACAAAAGAUUUAGCAUGUGCUGUUUGACAAUAUUGAUAAUGUUAGGUGGGCAAAGUUUCCCAGUAUAUUUAAAGGUCAUUUGAAAUAGUCAAAAGCUUUUAGAACAAAAGUGCUCCUCACUCUGACUGAAAAUACUGGCCUAUGGGAUACAGUAAACACCAGCAUAUACAAACCUGGGCCCAGUUGUUCGAAUGCCGGUUAGCGCUAACCUGAGGUUAAAUAUUAACCCGGGUUUCUUUUUCAUGUUAUCAAAAGCACUUUCUCGGAUAAUUUUCUCUAUUCUUUUCAGAGUAUCCAAUCAUCAAAUUGUAGGUGAAGAGAAUUAAAGUGAAUUUGCUUUUUAAGCUCUCAUAUUUGAGUUCAAAUUUUGCAGUAACCCUGGGUUAUCUUAACCCAGCUUCGAACAACCUGGCCCUGUAGAUUAAGAACCUCUGGACAGAAAUUUGCCAUUUUAAUACCCCAAAAUACAAGAACCUGUCUACCCAGGCAAGAUCAAGUAGGUUCUUAUAUGUGGGUUAUUGUGAUAAACAUUUUAAACAAGGAGUGUAUUAUAUACUUGAGACUGUAAAUUUAAGAAUAACGAGAACAUACUGUACCAAACUGUAUUAUGACUUACGUAAUCAGUUUUGUUAGUAUAGGUAAUAGCAUGAUUAGUAGUGAUUUUUGGCAUAAAUACCAUGAGUUAUGUUUCAAAAUAUUGUUAUACGUAAUUUCACCAGCCGUUAGGCGAGUGUAAUUUGAGACAAUUUUGAAAUAUCACGAGUGGUAUUUUUGCCAAAUAUCACAUACAAAUCAUGCUAUUAUUUGUUUAUACUACUACACGCAAAAGGUUUGUAAUUUUGAAUCACAUGAAGGUAUUUCAAAUUAAUUUUGGAUUCCAGGGCAAAGUUCUUAAAAGCAAGUCACCUGCCACCCAAGCCCAGGAGUUACAUAACUAUGUUAAAAGCAACUUUGUUACCAUAAAUCUUAGCUAUCCAGCUUUUCAUAUUUUAGGUUUGAGAGAAUUUUCUUCAAACUGUCAAUACAAUAGAUACUUAAGAAUAUGUUUUUGUUGUUUGGUUGAAAACUUGUAAUGUGCAAAAUGUAUUGUAGCAAAUUACUUAUCAGUGGUAUGAAGUAAAAGCUAACUUGGAUUUGUGUGGCAGGCAAGAAGUAAAAGUCUUCCAAAUCAAGGUGGUGUUGAUAUCCAGUUCAAAGGAAUGACCAGUGCUUUUGUUCAAACAGUGAAAAUAAAUGGGGUUACUGGCUUGUGGAGAGGACUAACAGCUAACCUUUUAAAGGUGGACAUUUUUAUGUAUUCUAAUUUGUUUGGCUUUGCAUGGUGCAUGAGAAUAAUAAAAACUGCUUGGCUUAAGAAUUCUGCCAACCAAACAUGAUGUAUCUGCCACGGAAAGAUCCAAUAUCAUUUCCAUCAACCACACUCCAAACUUUAACAUUCUUUUGGUGUCAGCUUUCUAGCCUGCAAGGAAGUUGGCUCUCAUUUUUAGAGAUGUCAUAAGAAGUCACACACACAAGCAGCAAACACUUAUAAUAAACCUCACUUGCAUGUUCUCUCAGAGCUUACUUCACUCACCACUCAAAAUGGAGAGCAUAAUCAUAGACUAUAGCUUCCCUUGCAGAUGUUUUCAGGGCUUUGUCAGACGUUCCUUCUCCAUGUUCAAUGGCGUGACAAGCCAAAAGAACCUCUGUGAGGGAGGCUACACAGGCUUAAGGUUUUUCCAUCCUCUGCCUACUCAUUAAGUGUAUACCAAAAUCAAUGAUGGAUACCAUUAUUCACGUUUGAGCACUCUCUUUCCUCACAUUUCAACUCAGAUUUUCAAAUAGUCUUCUUGAAGUACCAGUAGGUGAGGAUAUUAGAGACCUUAAGAUCCAACAAGAACGUCAAAAAAACAAUAGGUUUAAAAACCUAAACAACAAUUUUGCCUGUGCAUCACGCUUUUUUGUACACGACUACGACGUGAAAAUGACUUAUUUCACGUUUUACAGAGGAAGUAUACAAGCGACAACAAAAUUUCCUCUCUCUUUCUGAACUGGGAUAUGGUUCUUAGGAAUUCAACUUUAGGAGGGUUCACCUACAUUUGACAAAGUUAGUGACUUGGAGUAAUAAUUCUUUCAAUCUUCAUUACAAUUAUUACAAUUAUUAUCAUUACAAUUAUUGUAAUGAAGAUUGAAAGAAUGCAAAUUCACUCUUUUAGUGAUGAUUUUGCUGCUGUCGUCGUCCUCGGAACUUACGGUCCCUAUUUUCACAAAAUGCACUGUACAAUCCCCUUAGCUAGCACUUAAACCUCUUGUGAAAAUUAGUAAGUGAAACCUCAACAGGCAGCUGGCUUGCUGCUUGCAAGCUAGUGUCAAACCGAAAUUGUCAUUUUAGACAAAAUUCAUGAGUAACUUGCUCUUUUCUUUCUCUUAUUUACAGAUUGCCCCAAAUGCUGGGAUUAUGUUCCUCUCAUUUGAGUACACCAAAAGAGUAUUUCUAUUCUACAACGGUUACACUGAGUCACCAUUUUCAAAUGUUCCAAAAUCUCAUGUAGAUCAGAGUAUGUCCCCAAAUGAACUAAGCCAUCAUUUUGCAAAGAAGAAAGGACCCAGGAGAUGACAAUAAUCGAGCUCAAAGUGGAAAAUAACAUCAGGG